AUGGAGGCUGAUAACGUUCACGAAUGGUUAGAGGAAGAUGUACAUGCUUGGCUUUCGUCAAUCGGUUUCGCUCAGUAUGAGCAGCAAAUCAAAGAGCACAGUAUCACUGGUGAAGUCCUGUGUAUGCUGAAUGCCGAAUCUUUGAAGGCCGUUGGUGUCUCUACAAUCGGUCAACGACUGGCUAUCUUGAAGGCCAUUUAUCUACUCAAGCUCGCUCACAACGUUCCCAUUGAGCUAGACGACUGGGUCCCACCCUCCGAAGCUUCUGAAAAAGCAGAAGGCUUGUCCAUAGACAGGCUUUACUCCAUGAUCAAGGAACAAGCUAAUCGUCUGGAUCAACUAGAGGAAGAGAAUCGCCGCUUGAACGCGACCCUCCAGAUGCUGUCUGAAGAUGUCAACGCCCAACGUGCCUCCCAAACCCGCGAUGAUCUUCAAGGUCUACGGCGACAGCCUUCCUUUAAAUGGGAGCAAUUUGUUCGUCCCUCCAAGUCUCCAACGAAAGCAGACAUAGACUCUCCCCACCCAUCCCCCCAGCAGCUUGAGCACGACCUCUCCUAUCGGAGUACCCAUUCUUCGUCCGUCACUCCCCCUGAAAAAUCACGGCAGCCGACGGAUUCUCCAAACCUCAGCGCCACCACUGUAGCGCCAAAGACUGCGAGGACAGACAGUUCAGAUACGCUUAUGGGUAGCAAGAGCUUUAAAGUUAGUCUAGAGGACCCAACUUGGAAAGUCCUGCCGGCCGCUCUCAAGAAGUAUCGCAUCAACAACGAUAACUGGGAGAAUUAUGCAAUGUUCAUAUGUUACGGUUCCACUGGGAACCGGAUUGAGCGAUGCCUAAGCUACGACGAAAAGCCUCUUCUCCUCUUCCAAAAACUCAAGGAUGCAAGGAAAAAUCCUGUGUUUAUGCUGAAGCACAUUAAAGACAUCCGCUCUCCAAUCGCUGUCGCCCAACAGAAACACGCUGCGCGCAAGGCUUCAUCCGUAAUGACCAAUGGAUCCAUUAAUACUAGUGCGACCCUCGGUCAUAACCCCAAGACCCCUUCAACCUCGAACCGCCAACCACAUAGACCUCCCAAGUUGGAGGUAGAUUUGGCCGCCAGCGCCGGCCCUGGUAUCGCCACGGCUGUUAGCCCAGCGCCUGGUUGGGCUGAAAUGGGAAUCAUGUCCCCCUCAGUCGAACGAGGGGCCAGCGGUGAUGACAUACUGUCUUCCGUUGUUUCUACCGCGAACGAGACUUUGAAACGUGGUGAUUCAACCGAGUCUACUCUCCGAGAAAUGCCACCAUUGUCCGCAUCUGGCGUGUCAUACGCGGUUGCUAUUUAUCCGUACAUGGCUGAGCAGGAAGACGAGUUUGAUGUUGUCGUUGGCGAUACCUUCAUUAUUCUUUCCCGCGCAAGGGGUUGGUGGGUGGUUCAACGCGACCCGACUGGUUCAGGAGUUGUCGAUACGGACGUAGCUAAACAAGGCUGGGUUCCUGCAGGCUGUCUUCUGGAAACGAAUGUUCCUGUGGCCUCCGCCAUAGCAGAAGCCACUGCCGCUGCUAAGACCAACGGGUCAAGCUCUGCAUCUCCUCCAGACUCACCAAUAGUAGCGAAAACUCCCAUAUUGCCCUUGAGCAUCAUCUCAACCAGUUUCCCUGGUAUUGCUCUUAUGGACUACAAGAAAAAGGGCGAAGAAGAGCUCGACCUGGUCAAGGACGACGCUCUGCGUGUUUUCAAGCGAUAUAACCAUUGGUCAUAUGCCGUCAAAGAAGAAGGCGGGGAUCGCGGCUGGGUACCUUCCUGGUUUAUUGGCAAGGUUUCAACUGGGCCCGCAACCCCCAGUACGAGUGUACCCCCGCUCACCUCGGUGGACGAUGGAAGUCAUGCUCAAGUCUCACCUAUGUCCUCGGCAUUCCCCACACGAUGA